GACAGCUCUCAGUUGUUAUUGUGUAAAAACAUCAUACCAACCUCUUAUUAACUUUUUGAGGUUAGAUAAAGAGGUUGAAAUUUACGUGUAGACUUUGUAAAUAUUUAGUUUUAGUGAAGCACUGUUUUAAAUAUGUCAUUAAUUUUAUAGAUAUUUUAUAUACCUGAAAUAACAUUUAUCGUUUCGGUUAUUAAUUUCUUUACAAAUUAGUUCAAUCAAUGUGAAUUUUUGUUAGGUUAAGUUGAGCGAAAAGUGGAAAAUAUGUAUCAGCCUCUAUCUGUUGGUCUAUUAAUUAAAGGAAGUUUAUUUGAAAAAAUAGUAUGUCCAAGAAUUUUAUCUGCAGCUUGUUCAUAUAGACUUAAACCGAAUAUAACAAACAACUAUGUUAUUAUUAGGAAAUGUCAAACACAUUCAUUGAAUAGUAGUAAAUUUAUUUUUAGCACUAGUGAAACUAAUGUAAUUAAAAAAAAGAUUGAUGACUUGGUCACCAAAUAUGAGCAAAUAACUGGCAUGGAUGAAGUAAGAAAAGCCCAGAAUAGAGUAAUUGAAGCGCAAGAUAAAUUUGUUAUGGCUCAAGAGAAACGGAGAGAUAUAGUAAAGGAACUCACAUCAAUUCAGAAUAAACUAAAAGAAGUUUAUGCUGAACUGGAUGCAACAACUCGUGGUGAGGAAAGAUACUUGACUUUGGUAACCCGAGAGCACAACUUGCUGAAAGAGGAACGGAAAUUGACAGCACAGUUCAACCUGAGUGAGCAGGAGGAGAGGGAGUGUUUCACGUUCCUGUCAUCAUCGGUCAAGGAGAGUCAUGAGAAGGAGCGGGCGCAGGCCGAACGUACUAAGUACUGGUCUGUGAUUGGCUCUGUUGUUGGGACUGUGAUCGGCGUCAUUGGCUCCUCCAUCAAUAAUGAGUUUAAAAUGAGAGAGCUGAGAAAAUUGGUAAUGGAGUCUGCUGCCCACAGUCAACAGUCAGCCGAGGUGGACAAGAUGGCUGCUGCGGUGCUGACCAGGCAUGAGGAGCAGCUGAAUCAGAUCAUCGGAGAGAUGAGGAGUGUGAGCAACAGCAGUGGGGCAGAGUGGGGGCAGGGGAGGGGGCCAACAUUACACCUUGUGGACAACCCGGUGGGGGUCCCGCUGGAUCUGCUACUGGAGGAACAGAGAAGGGAGACCAGGAUAAUGUUGGGACUCGCCGUUGUCGUCAUUCCAGUCUUGGUGGCUUGUGUUAACAGGUUUUUGUGAUGUUCUCUGCCCUCUACGUAGCUAAAACCUAUCUGAUAGUUACCUUGUAUAGGGUUUCUUUCGUAUUCUAAAGAACUGAAGUGGCCUGUUCUACAACACUUAACGAUGGCAUAAUAAGUGGCAAACAUAAUGUUCUUUUCAGUUUUCAUUAGUGAUUAAGAAUGAACUUAAAACAAAGAGUUACUUAAAAAAACCAUAAUUUGAAAUAUUUUAUUUGCCUUCAGAAUAUAAAAAUGUAAUAGGAUUAAAAAAUGCUACAGCAAAAUAUCAAUUAGAACUCAUAUUAUCCAUUUGGUAAAUUUUAUCAUUUGUAAAUGCUGUUGUUUGUUUUAUUUAGUUGGACAGUAAUCAACUAAUUGAGAACCUUUAACCAUUUUUAAAUUGAUGUUUAAACAUUUGUAUAAUAAUUAUUCCAAUUAGGCCUAAUUGUUUUAUAAUGAUUAUAUUCCCUAAGUUCAAUAUUAAAAUUUUUCUGUCCAAGCACUUGUUGAUUUAUUAUUAGACCAAAGUAAAAACAUUGCAGAAAGAAGCCCUUACAUAAAAAUAGCCUCGAAUACAUUUAUUGUUCUGCAAUAUUGUGAAGAUAUUGUGGAUAUUUAUUUAUUUUCUUGCAUCUUUGUACAUCUUUGGCAUUUUAAUUGGUGAUAUUCAUAUUUUGUUAAAGGACAUAGUUUAAUGUAUUUGUAGAAUACAUAGUUUAUGUACAUAUAGAAACUUCUAGGAAUAAAACUUGUGAACGGUUAGUAACUGCAAUCUUUAUGUAAGCUGAGAAAAGACCAUACACUUUGUGAGGGAUGCUUGUGAUCCCUUCAAAACAAAAUUGGUCUGAAAUGUGAUGUAAAACACUUUAAAGAUAGACUUCACAAAGAAACUUUUUGAUUAUAUAUGAAUGUACAUGAAUGAUUUGUUGAGGAUAUAAGCUAAAUUGAUUGAGCAAGAACUAAUUAAUUAUGAUACUGUUUUUACACGAAUAAUAACACAACUUUUCAAAAUUUUGAAAAAUCAGUGUACCCAAAAGCAUUUUUUGAGUUUCUAGGGAAUAUUGGAUUUUGUUCUUUCUAGAGGAAAAUAAAAAUAUUUAAUAUUCAUUUUUUGAGCCCUGUUGGAUUGUUUCUGCUGUACUGUGUACAUUUCUAUACCCUACCAAAACCAUCAUGAUUAUAUCAUGUAUGGAAUAUUAUAAACAAUUUUCAUAUACAUCAUGGCUGAUGAUUUAUUCUUUUUUUAAUAUAAAAGUUUCUUCUUGUAGCUAAAUAUUUCCUUAUUAGAUAGUUCUGAAUUAUCUCUAGUAAACCCAAUUGAUAAAGAGUCUUGUGAUAUGUGUCACAUUUAUAUUGUUUAUAAUACAAUCAUAUCACGUUUAGCCAGAAUAACUUCUUAAGAAACUCUCGUUGAGGUACAUUUAUGAGUCUCCCUUGAUCAUUAAAUACUUGAAAGACUCCACUGUCACAGAUUUGCUGAAGUCAUUGGUAUUUACUGAGAUAAUAAAAGAUGUCAUGAUGACUCCUUAACACGUUAAUUGCAGCAGACACUUUGUGCCGCAGAAUAGGAAGGAUAGUAGUGUUGGACUCACUCAAUCUAGAGCUUCUGUGAAGUGUUAAACUGCUGCAUGCAGGGAUUCUGGACUCUGUGGAGGGGAUCCUUAUUGUCACACAGAUGCAUAUUUUCGUUAUGUUUACCCUUCUCAUGAUAUCAGGGUAGUGUUUCUCAAGCUCAUCGCUGGAAUCUUAAAGACUUCAGCUGAAACAGGUGGGGCUUCAGUUACAGAGAACAAAUUCUUCCGUGAGGAACUUCGGGUUCUGCUUCGACUUGGUGCUUAUCAACAUCUGCAUAUACGUUUGUCAUCUUGAUGUGCUCAGGUAACUCCUGGAGAAUGUUUGUAAAUACUGUCUUCACCUCUUUGCAAGCUUUUUCAUAGCCCUCCUCAUAUUUUUCGUUUUUGAAGAUCACAAUAAGUGUUAAGUUCUCUCAAUAAGUCCUCAGGUGACUCGUAUUCUUUUGAAACAAAAGCUUGAGCAGAACUUUGGUUAACCUGAGACUUUUGGGUUGCAGAUAUUAAUUUUGCCACGAAUGUCUUCUUCCUUACUUGUUUAGUUCUUGGCAUUAUCAACUUUCUGGUCCUCUUCUGUUUUAGUCUUCCACCUUCAUCUCCUUGCUCUUCAUUAGGUGAUGGCGUGCUUGAUGAUUCGUUUCUUGGCUCAAAAUUUAUAUUUUCGUUCAUGUCAUCUAGUGAACAUAUUAGAUCUUCUGUUGGGGAGAAAACCAUUGGUGUGUCCUUUGUUUAAUGUUUGUUAUUUGUUAUAUUGUUAUUUGCUAUCGUGACAUGUUACGAAAUGUUCAUUUUCUUGUUGAUAUUUGGAGUUACAUAUCACCAGAUACCAACAUCACUGAUAAUGAGAUGGAGGUACAAGUGUGUGACUAUGGCGAGGUGGAUCAAUGAGGUGUUCUUAAAGUGUAGUUUGAAUCAGUUGCGUAUCCAGAUGAUCUUUUGGUCUUUUAACAUACUAUCUGGCCAGAUGCCUUGAAGAGCAUAAUGUCAAGAAGUAAUAAAGAGUUGUAGAUCUGUAGAGAUUUCACAUUUUAAUGAGUUCCUGUUACUCUGCUGAUUAUCUUGAAGCUUUUACUUUUAAAAGUAUAGAAUGAAAUUAAGAUGGAAGCCAACAAUAUGUCCACUUAGUUCCCAAUAGACAAUGUUUUUAUAUGCAAGUUUUGUCCAAUUUCUGUUGGGUUGGUAGGUGCCAAAUUGUACCUCUUACAAUAACUGUCCACUUUAUGUUGUCUCAAUAAAAUCAAGACCUGUGUAUUGAAUACUUUAAUAUCCUUUAUUCUUGUUUCUCCUUUCUCUCAGUUUUGCGUUUUGGCUGUGGAGAGGUUUUCUUAGUUCAUUUCUAUUGUUUCUCAGAUGGCAGAAAGUGCCUAGAAAGCAACAGAUACGAGUCUAAGUGUGUUAUGAGCAAUCUAAUCAACAUGUAAUUUGGCUGUAAAAAGAUAGUGUUUCACCUUUACAUUUAUUGAAAUAUCUCCUUUCUGUGUUUAAUAGCAUUAUGUUCUUCUGACAGUUUCAUUGGUUCAGCAUUCCAAGCUGGUUUCAUCCUUAUUGCAGAUAUCUGGCUUGGGAGAUCUGAUGCCUGAGUGAAUGGUUUAAGACGUUGAACUUCAUAUCUGAGUUAGAUACAGCGCAUGUUCAAAUCCUGUCUGUGACUGUAACAUUUUAUCAGUACCAUCGACCAUUCACGGUAUUGAAUAUCCUCAUUAUUAUGUUUGAUAAGAUCCUCACACAGGCCAGUGGCUCAAGAGAAUGGGCAAAAUAAGACUUAAAGUCUUCUUAGUCUCUUCUUAAAAAAAAGAAAAGCCAAUCAGAUGAAAGUAAGUAUAACCUGAUGGUGUCAUAAAGAUGGAACCGAAGACAACAAAAACAACCAUUAUGAGGGCAAAAUAUCUCUACUGGCAUUUUACAAACUAAUUGAUUUUGUAUCUUUUUGAAUAAAAGAUGUCGAAUCAACUCUAGUCUACAUAGUAUUAAUUUCUGUUGCCUUCAUUUGUUUUUCCUCUAUGAAUAUUGAGAAUAAUCCAGAACUAUUUAAAGGAAACAUCUUAAGUACCAAACAGAGUUUGUUAUAAACAGUUUUUUUUUCUCUCUCUUCUGCGGCAAAAUAUAAAAAGGAUGGGCCUUUAAUGGAGUUAUACUCGAUUUAUGUUCUGCUCCACUCACUUAUUUUAGAAAAAAUUCUUAUCAUCUGUAUUUAUUUAAUAACUUUUAUAAUUUUUUAUAAAUUUUGUAUUAUUGAAAAUACCAAUAAUUUUGAAGACAUUGUAGGGACCAUGCUUUUUUGUUUUAAAACUUGUGUACGUAAUAUGUUUUAGUGUAACAUUGUAAAUAAAUUAUGUUUUCCUAAACCGA